GCGGCCAUCCCGGACCGACUGUUUCUCGUGGUGCAUCACUUAGGCACUUCUUGUCCUUUUCCUGGCUCUCCUUGCCCAUCUCUAUUGGCUCGCCUGCUCUCCAUCCCGCACACGACAUGAGAAACCCAUUCGAGCUCAAGGAGCGCCCGGGCGAAGAGGCCCCUAAGGAGGUCUAUGGCCAUCGACCAUAUCUCCUGGCCUUUGCCGCCUCGUGGGCAUCUGCCAUGUACGGUUAUGACUCGGCCUUUAUUGGUGGCACCAUGAGCCUGCCGUCCUUCCAGGCCGCCUAUGGUCUUACCAACGUCAGCAAGCAGGCCAGAGCGGCAUUGUCCUCCAAUAUUGUCUCGACCUUCCAAGGCGGCGCCUUCUUCGGCUGCGCCAUUGGUUUCUUUCUCGCCGAGCGCUGGGGCCGCAAGAUCUCUAUGCUCAUCUCGGCUGUGGUCUUCAUGGUCGGCGCGGGACUGCAGUUGGCUGGCAAUCUUGGUUGCCUGUACGCGGGCCGCGCGCUCACCGGUCUGGGCGUCGGCGCCUCGGCCAUGAUCCUUCCCAUCUAUGUCUCCGAGUGCUCCCCCGCGCUGAUCCGCGGCCGGCUUGUCGGCGUCUUCGAGAUCAUGUUGCAGGUUGCCCUCGUCUUUGGCUUCUGGGUCAACUACGGCGUCAACCAGAACAUCCCAGGCGACACGGACGAGCAAUGGCACAUCCCCGUUGCCGUGCAGUUUGUGCCCGCGGGCCUCCUCCUCAUCUCGCUGGCCCCCAUGCCCGAGUCCCCUCGCUGGUAUGCGUCAAAGGGCCGCAUGGCCGAGGCAGCCAAGUCUCUUUCAUGGAUUCGCCACCUGCCCGAAGACCACCCAUAUGUCCUCCGCGAGCUGUCCGUCAUUGAGACGGCCAUCACUCACGAGGUCGAGGCCACAGCCCACGGCGGGCGGCGCACCUACGGGCAAAUGGCACGCGAGCUCACGCAGAAGGGCAUCCGCAACCGGCUCGUCAUCGCAUUCGCCAUGGUGCUCCUGCAGAACCUGACGGGCAUCAACGCUGUCAACUAUUACUCGCCGUCCAUCUUUCAAUCCAUCGGGUACACGGGCACUUCCACAGGCCUGCUCGCCACGGGAAUCUUUGGCAUCAUCAAGAUGUUUGCGACCAUCGUAUACGCCGCCAUCCUGGUCGACCGCUUCGGCCGCCGCCCGCUGCUCAUCUUUGGCGGCAUCUUCGCGGGCCUGGCCAUGUUCUACCUGGGCGUCUACAGCAAAGUGAGCAACUCGUUCGUGUCGACCCCUCCGCGGGACGCGGGCGCCAACACGGCCGUCGCCAUGGUCUACAUCUACGCCUUCUUCUACGGGUGCUCCUGGAACGGGAUCCCCUGGCUCUUCACCUCCGAGGUGCUCCCCACGCGCAUCCGCACGCUCGGCAUGACCGUCACCAUCUGCUUCCAGUGGCUCACGCAGUUCAUGGUCGUCUACUCCCUGCCCUACAUGAUCCUGGGCAUCAGCUACGGCACGUUCCUCUUCUUUGGCGCGUGCACCGUCGUCGCCAUCGUGUUUGCCUGGCUGUUUGUGCCCGAGACCAAGGGCGUCCAGCUCGAGGACAUGGAUUUGCUGUUUGGCCCGGACGUCUCCGUCUUCGCGAAGCAGGCGCAUGCCAACUACACCCGCGCUGUCGGGGCUAGGGCGGUGGUCAGGGACGAGAAGAUCGGUGCUGUCGUGGAGGAGGCCGAGGUGUGAGAAAGUGUGUGCGCGCGUGUGCGCAUUAUGUGUGUGGAUGGCCAAGCCGGUCAUGAGCCUUCCUGAGAAUAGCUAAGCAUUUGAUACUCUGAAUAAAUAUCCUGCUCCGGAAAUGGGAUGCUGAAAGCGGCACAGGACCCGCUUAUGUGUUGAUGUGCUCGCCUUCCAUGUUUCAAGACUACACAAUCCUGCGCCUACGUGCCAGAAGCUGGGCAAAAAUAGAGUGAAAGCAGUAACGUGAAGACACCAUGCGUUCACGACCUCUCCCAGGCCACAUCUGGCAGGCCGCAAGGCAAGACCUUUUAC